AAUCCAAAAGCAUAACAGAAAAAAACAACUCCAAAUUAUAAUCUCUUUCUUCUUCACUGAAAAUAAAUAAUUGCUCUCAUCACACUUCUGUUUCAGCUGAUAGACUUUUUUAGGUAAAGACUGAAAAUGGGGGAAACAGGGGGAGCUUCAGCGAUGUCGUUUCCAGCUUUAACAAUCCCGCCUCGGCCCUCGUUCGAAUCCUUUUUAAGUAACUUGCCUUCUUUUAGCCCAGGACCAAUGUCCCUAGUUUCCAGUUUCUUCUCCGAUCAGAGCCCUGAUUCAUCCGAUUAUCCUUCUUUCUCCCAGCUUCUUGCCGGAGCUAUGGCUUCUCCACUUGCAAAGCAGGAUAAUUCUGGAGAAGGAAGUCAAAAGAACUCAGGGUAUAAGCAGAAUCGGCCCAUGGGCCUUGUGCUGGCCCAAUCUCCUUUGUUCAUGAUUCCGCCUGGUUUGAGUCCUUCUGGAUUGCUUAAUUCACCUGGGUUUCUUUCUCCACUACAGAGUCCUUUUGGAAUGUCACAUCAACAGGUUCUAGCACAUGUUACAGCACAGGCUGCAUUUUCUAAUUCUUACAUGCAAAUGCAAGCCGAAGAUCAAUGUUCGUCUCAGGCGGCUUCAGCAGAAGCAUUAGGACAUGAGUUGACGACUGAGCUAGAGGAAACUUCUUUGCAGCUAAAAGAACCUUCACAAACUAGAAUGGACAGCGAACCAUCGGACAAGCCGGGUAAGAAAUUUGAACUGCAAGAGUUUUCUCAAUCUGAGAACAAGCCGUCUUUUGUUGCUUUCGAAAAACCAGCUUGUGAUGGUUACAACUGGAGAAAAUAUGGCGAGAAGAAAGUAAAGGCUAGUGAAUGCCCUCGGAGCUACUAUAAGUGCACAAAUCUCAAAUGUCUAGUGAGGAAGAAAGUUGAGCGAUCUGUUGAUGGUCACAUAACUGAGAUCACAUAUAAUGGCCGGCACAACCAUGAACUUCCUCAACCAAACAAACAAAGGAAAGAUGGUUCCGCUUUGGAUGGUUCAGACUGCUCCGAAGUUCGACCUGACACCCGUACACAUGAUUGGCCAGUAAAGAAUAAUAGCUCAGAUGGGUCUUCCCAUACACGUUCUGACCAGGUUUCAAACCAAAUGGUAUCUGAACUUCUUGUGAAAAGCGAAUGUGAUGAAAUCAAAAACAUUUUAGUAGCAGUAGAUGAGGGGCAUGAUGAACCAAAUGCAAAGAGAAUGAAGACAGCAGUUGAGACACUAGCUUCAUCACAUGGCACAGUUGCCGAAUCCAAGAUUGUUCUGCAGACAAGAAGUGAAGUUGAUUUCUUAGAUGACGGGUACAAAUGGCGAAAGUAUGGGCAGAAGGUGGUAAAGGGGAAUCAGCACCCAAGGAGUUAUUAUCGGUGCACAUAUCCUGGAUGCAAUGUCCGCAAACAAGUAGAGAGGGCUUCAACUGAUCCAAAAUCUGUCAUAACAACCUAUGAAGGAAAACAUAAUCAUGACAUUCCCACUCUUAGGAAUAGAAACAGCCAAAGAUAGUACUCAGCAUUGCAAGGUAAAAGAUGGUUGGCUUCGAGGCCUUUAAUUCACAAAGAUAUUGAUUUUGAAACAACAAUGAGAUAUCCAUGUGUGAAAGGAUUGCAGCAUAAAUUGCAUUACCGAAAAAGGGUGAAAGGAUACUAAGAUUGCAGCAUAAGUAGAGCAUUACCAAAGGUAAAAGAGUGAAAGGAUACAGGAUUGAGCUGCUAACUUUUGUACCAAAUAGUCGGUCUUUUCUUUCGAAAAACCUCAUGCUUGGUACCCAUGAAUCUGUUGGUGGUUCUCAAUAAAUAUUUGUAAAUUCUAUGCUACUUUCUGAAGUUAUCUGAUAUAUUGUUAAAGUAAAGAAGGUUGUAAUAGCUUGUCCUUGCCAUUUAAGCUUCUUCUGGUCAGCUUCAAACUCUAGACCAGCAGAGUACAUAAAGCCUAUUCAAGCAAAGUUGUCAACUUUUGAUACCAUAUUUUUACCUUGUAAAUUCAAACUUAUAUUUCGUUUGCAUCUCU